GCUCAAAGCAUUCGAGGUUUGUGAGGAACCUAGAAACCCACACGACCUAAACUCCGAAGUUGGAAAAAAGUCGACGAAUCCGUCACUUAACUGUCCUAGAACACAGAGCACAAAAGAAGGGGGGGGCUAAAGACCAACCGGGAUGGGGUCGACAAUUGCAUCGCAGAACCUGGCAAUUGACCGCUUUUGCCGACAAUACCUACAGCUCGAGCUCGAGCUGGAUUAUCCGGCAGAGGGUUUGCUUUGCCAUGAGGCCUUCCAAGAGGCGCUGUACGAGCGGCUUUUUGCCCGAGACGCGGUCGCGCUCCCGCCCCCUCAGCGCUACCGGCUGCGAGUCCUCAAACAGCUCGUGGCCAAGAUCGAGGCCGCCAUCGUCGACUGGGAUGAGCAUGGAAUCUCGGAUAACCUCAUGGCGGCCUUGGCACAUCUGGUCUCGAUGCCCUUGCCAUCCGAAGAGACGGCCGUGCAACAGAAAUGCUACGUGACCUACCGGGCAUCCCUAGUCGAGUCUAGCAGCACGGAAAGCGAGGCGAACAUCACGCUCCUCGAGUCGCGAUCGCUUAUCUCGGCAGCGGGGACUACGGGGCUGCGGACGUGGGAGGCGUCAUUGCAUCUCGGGCAGUAUCUCUGCACGCAUCCGUCACUCACUCGCGGCAGGCGCAUUCUCGAGCUGGGCACCGGCACUGGCUACAUCGCCAUGCUGUGUGCGAGGCACCUGGGCGCCCAGCACGUUCUUGCCUCGGACGGGUCAGAAGAUGUUGUGAACAACCUUCCCGACAACUUAUUCCUGAAUGGCCUCCAAGGGUCUAACAAGGUGACGCCGACCGAGCUGAAGUGGGGCCACGCGCUGGUCGGGAGCGAAGAGAAAGGAUGGAAUGGAGGGCAAAGGGUAGACGUGGUUCUUGGUGCAGACCUCACCUACGAUGCGAGCGGUAUCCCAGCUCUGGUUGCGACGUUGGAGGAGCUUGUGUCUCUCUUCCCCGACGUGGAAAUAGUGAUUGCUGCGACAGAGCGAAACACGGCGACGUUGCAGGGUUUCUUGACCACCUGCGGGAAGCGAGGGUUCGCUGUGAACCACGAACCAUUCCCUGUGCCGCCUAGGAAUGAACAGAAUGGGCCCUUCUACAACGACAAGAUGCCAGUACACAUCUGCAAAUUGUACCAUAUUGGUAUGAAAAGGUAGUGCAGAAACGUGGCCACCGAAUUUCGGUGGCGGGAUUUUGAAAUUCUGCGACAGCAAGUUCCUUGAAUCGACGCACCGAAAUUGCAAUGCAGGAUGCUAUGGGUCGGGUGGUGCGCACUGUGCUGUGCUGUGUCGUGCUGUGCGGGUGCUGUACAUACGGCGCCAUCCCCUCCCCAUAGAUUGUAAUGGAUGUUUGAUGGUCCGAGCGCGUCCCCGCUCAUCCCCUCGCCCCCUCCCUCUUAUUUGUGCGCCUCAAUUACUAGGCCGCCACAUCGGAUUAGGGCUCACACCCACACGGGACCGGAAUUUUCUGAGACCC